AUGGAAACACCAAAUAUUGUACAAAAAAAAUCCACAAAAACUACACCCCAAUUUUCAUUUAAAAAAGAAAAAUCAUGUUAUAAUGCUCAAUAUGGUAAAUCUAAAAAGAACAUAGUUUAUGAAUCAUAUAAUUCACCUGCAACAUAUAUAUUUCCAAUUUCAGAGAAUGAAAAUAAUAGAAGUAGUAAUGUUAUAUCAGUUACAGAUUCAAAUAACCCAAUUAUUCAUCAUUAUCUUAUGAAAAAGAAUUCAACUAUAUUAAUAACCGAUUCGAAAUCACCUGUCUAUGUAGCACCAUGUUUUAAUGCAUUUAUUAAUAAAUUAUUAUUGCCAACAUGGUCAAAAGUUGAAAUUGAUGAAUUAUAUAAAUUAAAAUAUAAAGAAAAUGAUAUUUAUGGAAAUAUUUUAAAAUUAUACAAUUGUUCACUUUUUAUAAAAUGGGGUGGUAUUCCAAGAGUUGUAUUUCCAUUAACUGUUAUGUAUAAAUUAGAUAAAGAUGUUGACAUUGAAAGUGAUACUCCAAAUAUUUGUUAUUCUGAAUUAUUAGAUGCAAUUAUGAAUUAA